AUGCAGCGGCGGGCGCCGCCCGAGACUCCCGGCCGCGUGGAGAAUCCCUUCGAGAGUCCCGGCGACGUCCGCCGCUUGCAGGAGCAGACAGUCUGCAGCCCCAGCGCCUUCCGCGCCGCCCCGCCCGCGGGGAGCCCCGGGAGAUUCAUGUGGUCCAUUGACGAGCUGGCCGUGAUCGACCCAGUAGAGAUCAACUCGGAGGACAUCCACCGCCAGGCCUUCUACCUCAGCCAGAGCAGGAUCGACAGUGAGGUUGAGGAGCAGAGGCAAAGGGCCAUCGAAGAGUUUUUCACCAAAAGCACCAUUGUCCCAUCGCCCUGGACCGAUCCCAUCGGAAAACAGGCCUCUCAGCUGAAUUCAACCAGAUGUGUUGACCUCAACGAUGCUUCGCCAGUCGGCCGAGAAACAGUCGCGCAGCCCGGGAAAAAUAAUGCUGCUUGUCAGACUGUGUUAUCUCUACCUGUGGAUUUUGAUUUGGAAAAGAUUCUGGGUGACCAUUUCAAAGCUGAGGAAUCGGCUGAUCAGUCUCAGGAGAGCCUAAGCACUUCGUCCUUGAGGAGAAAGCUCUUUUUGGACGAGAACGGCAGCCUCUCUGAGAACGUCUCCCCUUCUCCCAGCUUACGUAACAGCCCAGCCUCCCUGGGAGUCCUCUACUCCAUCGAUCUCUCUCCUGUCCGCUGCAGGAGCCCUUUGAGUUCUUCCAGCUCGGGCCAAUUCUCCUCCAGCCCCAUCCGGGGGAAUGCCAGGAUGCACAGUUUGGGCAGCCUUCCUAGUCCUUCCUUGGCACACAGGAGUCCAGCAAAUCUGGCGUCCCCCAUUUUCUCUCCGGUUGGCAUCCAGCUAAGAAAGACUCCGCUGGCAGAUCAAAGGCAAUUCACUUUUCGCUCUCCGGAUCUUCCGUCUGUUUCCAACGCCUGCCGUCAGGCGCCUACCAGCAGCAAGAGUCCCUAUGUGGAAUGCUCUCCGUUAAGGAGUCUCUCGCCCGGGAGGCUCCUCUCCUCCUCCUACCGGGGGGCCGCACUUUAUCAGAGCUCCCUUCUCUGCCUCCCUUGCACCCCGGAGAACUUCCAGGAAGAGCUGGCAGCAGCAGCGGAGGCCACGUCGGUGGGGAGUCCCAGGGCGGGCCUGACCCCUGUAAAUGAGGAUAUCCCCUCAGCUGGGUCCCACUUUGAGGUGGCUGCUAUGUCUCCCUCACCGGAUACCCCUGGGACCUGCCCCAAAGGGUUGGCACCCAGGCCCUGCUUGGACUCUCCCAGGAAGGAGAGGAUGGUGGAAAUGGCCGAACCGGAGAUGCUGGAUGAGAACUCGGUGAAGGGAUCGGCUGAAUGUGACCAGGAGGCCAUGGUUGGACUGAGCAUGGAGGGUUCUUGUAUCUGCAUGGCUCCUUUGGCGGAAAGCAGUGCCUCUCCCUGCGACAGCAGCAGUCUGCAGAUGGACAGUGGUUACAAUACCCAGGCUUGCACCAGCAGCCUCAUGGAUACCGCUGGAAGCGAACUCAGCUGCCGAGAGCACGGC